AACAGGUCAGGCUGCGCCGUGUCCUCCUGCCCAAACGUCUUCCAGCAUAUAACGGCCAUUUCCAAGAGUCUUCGCAAACUGAAGUGUCAAAAAUGUCAAGGUGGCACAAGAUGCUCUUGAGCGGGCCUGGUUACAGUGCGCUGGCUAUAAGUCGAGUUGUUCACAGCUGGCGUUUCUCACUAAACGGCAGUCGGAACUUCAGCACUGGGAAACGUGCACGGAAAGAUUUCAUUCAAGAUCUCGAGGGUCAGUUUAAAGCAAUAAGGGAGAAAGCCGCAGCUGCAAUGCCGGGCACUGACUGGAGCCCGGUCGAGCUGAGGCGUGAUCUCCCUCCUGAUCGAGCCGACAUUGUCGUCGUCGGAGGCGGCGUGAUCGGCUGGUCGGUCGCCUACUGGCUGAAGAAGAAGGAGAGGGUCCGAGACGGCGUGAGGGUGUUGGUGGUGGAGAAGGAUCCCACCUACUCGGAAGCGUCCACAGUGCUGUCUGCUGGUGGGAUUCGGCAGCAGUUCUCUCUCAAGGAAAACAUCCAGCUGUCUUUGGCCUCUGUCGACUUCAUGAGGAAUAUAAACGAACAUCUUUGGGUACUGAACGAGGAUCCAAUUGACUUGCAGUUUAACCAUUCCGGGUACCUCUUUCUGGCCAGUGAAAGUGUAGCACAUAUUAUGGAGGAGAACUAUGUAACUCAGAGAGAGCAUGGGGCAAAGGUCACCCUUCUGUCACCAGCCCAGCUUAAGGAGAGAUUUCCCUGGCUAAACACAGAUGGUGUUGUGCUGGCCUCAUAUGGGCUAGAAAAUGAAGGAUGGUUUGAUCCUUGGUCUCUCCUGAAUGCAUUCAGACGCAAGGCCAUGUCUAUGGGAGUCUUCCAUUGCCAUGGAGAGGUCACAGGGUUUACAUGCACCACAAGUAGCAGAGAAACCGAAGAUGGAGAUGUUUUGAGAAUAAAAAGGAUCAAAUAUAUCGAUGUGAAGAUGCCCGACAGUCGGGAAUACCAGCCUGUGGAGUGUGCAAUCGUGAUCAAUGCUGCAGGUGUCAAUUCAGGGAAGAUUGCAGAUAUGAUUGGCAUUGGAUCGGGCUCAGAACAUAGCAUGGCUGGCUUUUCAUUACCCGUGGAACCUAGAAAGAGGUAUGUUUAUGUGGUGCACUGCCCAGAUGGUCCUGGUCUGGAGUCACCUUUUCUGAUUGACUACUCAGGAGUUUACUUUAGACGAGAGGGUCUCGGAGGAAAUUACAUCACGGGGAACUCCCCAGAGGAGACCGAGGAACCGGACAUCAGUGAUCUAAAAGUGGACCAUGAGUUUUUUCAAGAGAAAGUCUGGCCACAUCUGUCCCAUCGGGUCCCUGCCUUUGAGAGUCUGAAGGUGACUGGAGCAUGGGCGGGAUUUUAUGACUACAACACGUUUGAUCAGAACGCCAUCAUAGGCCUGCAUCCAAGGAUCAGCAACAUGUUUCUGGCCACGGGUUUCAGUGGGCACGGGCUCCAGCACUCACCUGCAGUGGGCUGCGCCGUGGCUGAACUGGUCCUGGAUGGAGGCUUCAGGACCAUCGACCUCAGCGCCUUCGACUUUAAACGCAUCCUGCAGCAGGAGCCCAUACUAGAGAGGAAUAUAGUAUGACGAGGAGGAAGGGGAACGAGCUAAUGGUUGCUAAAUAGGUACCCAGAGUGCUGGUGAAAAAAAUUGAAAGUUUUUACUUGCAUGACUAACUUUAUCAACCAGAGCUCAAUUCUCUACAGAGCUGCAGAACUGUGUGCAUUAAGUACAUAUUCCUAUAGAGUCAUAUGCAGCUGCACAGGUUGGACUGGAAUUCAAACCAAUCUUAAAUCAGCAAUUACCAACUACUACAUUUCUCGGGAUAAUAAUAGUAUAAUAAGACAACCUCAGAUCAAGUGAUUCUGCCUAUAUCACCAAGGCUGUGGUAACGAGGGAGAGACGAUAUUUACCAAUAAUAUAUUGUUUUUACAGUCCAAUCAAAUUCCUACGGAUAAAGGCCUGCAACAAGAUUCUCACCAUAACAUUCUGU